CAAGAUCCCUUUCUUCCCCAAAUCUGCAGCGAAUAACACCGACACAACCUGAAAUUAAACGACUUUCUUUCUAUCUUUCUUUUGAAUGUCCGAAGAUGGGUUCGGAUUCUCUACCAUCCACAUUGACUUCAACCAAACCAACGCCAAUUCCGACCAAUGAACUCGACGAAGAACACGACCACGACGACUCUCCUUCUACUGCGGCUCUUCUCUCUUUCAACACCGACUCUUCUUCUUCUUCGGAACCUUUGUCAACUUCCAAUAACAAACCCUUAUUCAUCGUUCUCAUCCUCGUUACCUGCAUUUCUCUCUCUGUAGCUUCUGCCUUCGCCUACCUCUUCUUCUCUUCCAGAUCACCGUCAUCUUCAUCAACAACAACAGCAUCAUCACUCACUUCUUCUGCUUCUGCUUCUCCUUCUCCUUCUCCAACUCCUUUGCCUUCUGUGUCUCAUGCUCGUCCUCUCACAAAGCUCAAUCGCCCGAAAGUUAUCCUAAUUUCCUCAGAUGGGUUUCGAUUCGGGUACCAAUUCAAGACCCCAACCCCUAAUAUUGCACGCUUGAUUGCAAAUGGAACCGAAGCUGAAACAGGUUUGAUCCCAGUUUUUCCAUCCCUAACUUUCCCAAACCACUAUUCCAUUGCCACUGGUCUCUACCCUGCAUACCACGGCAUCGUCAACAACCAUUUCUUGGAUCCACACUCUGGCGACGCUUUCUACAUGGGAGCCAUUGACCCAAAAUGGUGGCUUGGUGAGCCUUUAUGGGAAACUGUCGUCAAGAACGGUUUGAAUGCUGCCACAUACUUCUGGCCUGGCACUCAGGUACACAAAGGUCCUUGGAAUUGCCCUUUGAAUUUUUGUAGGCAUUACAAUAGUUCUGUUCCAUUUGAGGAUAGGGUUGAUGCUGUUUUGAGCUACUUUGAUUUACCUAGUGAUGAAAUCCCUGAUUUCAUGACACUUUAUUUUGAAGAUCCUGAUCAUCAGGGUCACAAGGUUGGUGCGGAUGAUCCUCAGAUCACCGAAGCUGUUUCUAGAAUUGAUAGAAUGAUUGGUAGGUUGAUUUUUGGUUUGGAACAAAGAGGGAUUUUUGAUGAUGUUACUAUUAUUAUGGUCGGUGAUCAUGGAAUGGUUACUACUUGUGAUAAGAAAUUGAUAUUCUUGGAUGACCUUGCUCCUUGGAUCAAUGUUCCGGAUAAUUGGGUCAUUUCUCAUACUCCAUUACUUGCUAUCAUGCCACCUUCUGGUUAUUCACCUUCAGAUGUUGUUGCUAAGAUGAACCAAGGAUUGAGUUCUGGGAAACUUGAGAAUGGGAGGUAUUUGAAGGUGUAUCUGAAGGAGGAUCUGCCUAGUAGGCUUCAUUAUUCAGCCAGCGAUAGGAUUCCUCCGAUAAUUGGCUUGCUUGAGGAAGGCUUCAAGGUUAAGCAGAAGAGAUCCAAGAACAAAGAAUGCGGUGGUUCGCAUGGAUAUGAUAAUGAAUUCUUCUCCAUGAGGAGCAUUUUUAUUGGACAUGGUCCUCAAUUUGCAAGGGGGAGGAAGAUACCAUCAUUUGAGAAUGUUCAGAUUUAUAAUUUGGUUACUUUUAUUCUAAAUAUUAAGGGCGCGCCUAAUAACGGCUCUGCCUCAUUCGCAAAAGAUGUUCUUCUAUCUGCUGCAUAAAGAAAUUCAUGCUCGCUUCAGGAACAUUCAUAACCACUGGUUGAACGAAGCAGAAAAUGCCAACAUUUUGAGAGGUAGCUCAAUGCAGAUAGUUGGUGUUUAGUCAUGUACAGUUGUUCCUCCCAUGAGUAAUAAAAACUACUUCAAAUUUAUUUUGAUUCUACAUAUGUUUGAGCAACACAAGUAGAGAACAAGGUUAGCUUUGAACAUUUAUUAUUAACAUACAUACAACUUUACAAGAUUUUGAUGUCCUUCAGAUAGAUUGAGAUCCCCAUUUGAAUAUUAGAUAGAUUGAGAUGUACUUUACAAAAUUUUGUUUAUCGCUUUGGAGUUUACAAUUGAAUAACUCCUUUCUGCAUAAAUUCAUGUAAUCAUGUUCUAAA